AUGGCUGAUCUUGAAGAUAAUAAUCCAUUAUUACCUGCUCCUGAAGAACAUGAAGGUUCAAUUUAUGGUCAUGAUGAUGAAUCAUGGCAAUCAUGUCCAAAUUCAAGACAAACCUUUCGUAUAUGUACAAAUUUAAAAUUAUUAAUUGAUAAAGUCAUUCCAAUUGUAUUUGAUAAAAAUGAUUUAUUUGCUGCUGAUUCUUCAAUUUUAAAUGAAAAAGUCAUUGAUUUAGUUUAUAAAGCUGCUGGCGGUGAAGGGAAUGGUAAAAAAGGUUCAAGUUCAUAUAAAUAUCAAGCAAGUAUAGUAUUUUGUUUAUUAAAAGUUUGUGAUUGGUAUUGGCAACAAGCAGAAUUUGAAUUAAGUGAUAAUGAAUUAUUUGAUUUAAGAGCAUUAUCUGCACAAACAUUAGCAUCAAUUAUAAUUGAAAGAGAAAAAGAUGAUGAAUAUUUAUUUUUAAGAAUGUUAUGUCAUAGAUAUACAAUUUGUUUAAAUGGUGAAGAUUCAACUCCUACAAAUGCGUUGGAAAUGGCUGUUGAUAUGCAUUCUACAAUUGUUAUUGGAUCAUCUGGUUAUCAAAGAUGUAUUAAAUGGUUAUGGAGAGGUUGGAUUGUUCAAUCAUCAAAUGAUCCUCAUUCUUACGUAUUAUAUAAAGGUGCUGCUUCACAUUCAAUUAGAACUCAUUUUGAUCCAGCAAGAAUUAAAACACCAUUAUAUCAAAAUAUAUUGGAAAUAUUUUUCAGUAUAAUUUAUCUUGUAUUAUUUACAAUUAUAUUAAAUACUCAUUCAACCACAUUUUCGAAUUUAGAUGUAUUUGAAAUUACAUUUUAUUUAUUUACUGUUGGUUCUAUAUUGGAUGAAAUUAUAAAAUUUUAUCAUGUUGGUUUGAAUUAUUUAGGAUUUUGGAAUGUUUUUAAUGAUUCAAUGUAUUCAAUUAUAUCAAUUGCUAUAAUAUUUAGGUUACUUAGUUUAAAUUCUCAUGAAGCUUUAAGAGAAAGAUAUGAUGAAAUUAGUUAUAGAGUAUUAUCAUGUGCAUCUCCAUUAAUGUGGUCAAGAUUAUUAUUAUAUUUAGAUGCUCAAAGAUUUGUUGGUGCAAUGAUUGUUGUAUUAAAAGUAAUGAUGAAAGAAUCAUUAUUAUUCUUUGUUUUAUUAGGUGUUGUUAUAAUUGGUUUCCUUCAAGGAUUUCUUGGAUUAGAUGCAUCUGAUGGUGAAAGUGAUGCAACUACAAAGAUUUUAAUAUCAUUACUUAAAACUGUUAUUGGUGGUUCUUCAUUUGAUGAUAUGGGUAAAUUAGUUCCACCAUAUGCAUCAGUAUUAUAUUACAUGUAUUCCUUUUUAUUAAGUGUUAUAUUGAUGAAUAUUCUUAUUGCUUUAUAUUCAACUGCUUAUGCAGCUGUUGUUGAAAAUGCAACUAAUGAAUAUUUUGCAUUAGUUGCAGAAAAGACAUUGAGAUAUAUUAGAGCUCCAGAUCAAAAUAUUUAUGUUCCACCAUUCAACUUAAUUGAAUUAUUUAUAAGUCCAAUGGAAUAUAUUUUACCAACUAACAUGUUCAAAAGUUUAAAUUAUUAUGUCAUGUUGGUUAUCUAUUCCCCAUUAUUAUUAUAUAUCACGACUGAUGAAUUAUCCAAUGCUAGGAGAAUUCAAUAUAAUAGAUUUAAAGGAUUAUCUGAUGAUGCUAAUGAAAAUGAUACUGAAUGGGAUUUAACUGAUGGAUUUUCCGAUGCGAAUAAUGUAGAUAGUGUACAAGAAGGUAUAAGAGAAAGGAAUUCACAAGUUAAUAGAGAAUUAAGAGAACAAAGACAAGGUGAAAGACAAGAUCCAGAAUUUAUGAUUAAUAUUCAUAGUUUUGAAAAAGAAAUCGAACAAAUUGUAAAACCAAUUAAACCAGCAAGUGAAAAAGGAAUGAAUUGGCAAUUUUAUGAAUUAUAUGAAAAGAUUGAUAAAUUAACACAAUUAGUUGAAAUUGUAAUAACUGAAAAUAAAGAAUUAAACAAGAAAUUGGAAAAUGGGGCUUGA